AUGGUGUCGCGGGCAGAUUGCGCCUUUCCAUCCGACAAAUCUUUCUUCUCGCAGAGGAUCGUCGCUGUUUCCGCGAUGAACAGGAGAAAACUGAAAUUGGACAUGACGCACUCAGCUUCGGAUGGCGAAUCUAAAGAAGUUGAAAAUUACGUUAAUAAUGUCAAAGAACAAAUUAUGAAUGCAACUGAACUUAAUAAUUCUGACUAUGUAUGGCAGGAGUGUUAUGAUGAUGUAUCAGGAUUUAUUUACUAUUGGAAUACCCAAUCAAAUAAAGUCACAUGGGAAAAACCUGAACAUUAUGAAGCAGCACAUAGUAUUGAAAAUCAAGAUGUUGUAAACAAGACAAAAAACUCCAGAAAACGGCUUUCAAGUGAUUCUCUACCUACUCUUGAUCCAAAUUCAUGUAAUGGUUCUAAAAAAUCAAAACUAGAAUCAAAAGUUUUAAGUGCACUAGUUGCUUAUGGAAGUGAUUCUAGCGAGGAUGAGAAUGAAGAUGAUAAGAAUCAAAAAACUACUAUACUUCAAAGGUUGCAACAAAAGGCUGAAAUGUUCAAACAAAAGGAAUUGGCUAAAUUAUCUAAGCCUAAAUCACCUGGUUCGUGUGAAACAAAUGGUCAGCCUGAUAUAUUGGACAUUAUUGACAAAGAAGUACCUCCAGAUUAUUUAGUAGACAAAUCUAAAACAUCAAAAUCUUCUGAAAAGAAGACUACUGGUGACAUUUUUGAUAUUUUAAAAAGUGAAGUACCCCCUGAUUAUGUCGAUGUCACAUUAAACAAUAAUACUGUAGAAGAAAAUAAAUUAGUUGUUCCGCUGGAUACUAAUGCUAUGGGUAAACUGCAUUCAAAAACUGUUGAAAAUGAUUCAAAUACUGAGGAAAAAUUAAACAAUUUUACUUCAGAUUCUUUGAAAGAAAAUUCAUUGAAAUCUAUAAAUCUUAUUGCUAAUUAUGGUGAUGAAGAUCUUGAAGAUUUAGAUGAUCAAAAAAGUGAAUCAAAUGAGAAAACACUUUCAUAUGUACAAGACCCAUGUGCUAAUAUUAAAACUGGAUUUGGUUAUUCUGUCUCAUCCAAACAUAAAAACGGAGGUUCUAUCAAUUUUGUAAAAGGCGAAACAAUAAAUGUACACGAUAAUCAUAAUUCCACUAAAAAUAAUGUUUUUUCAAAACAUGAAAAAGAAACUAUUAAAAACUGUGAUAUGAAAAAAUCUAAAAUCCAUAUUGAAGAUUUGUCACUGCUGAUCUCAUCAAAAUUACAUUUUCUAUCAGAUUGUGAAAAUAAUGAAAAAUUGUCUUCUGUUCAAGUUAUGACUAUUAAAAUUGAUACUUUAAUGGAAGCCUGGAAAGAUAAUUGUUUGAAUGACGAAUAUUUCUCAAAGUGGUUGGAUGAAAUGGCUAUCGAGUUAUGUACUUUAGAAGAGUCAGUUGCACCAGACGGAUGGACAUGUCAAUGGGACAAAAAUAACACGCGGUAUUACUAUCAGAAUGAUGUUGAUGGCCGUACACAAUGGCAAUACCCAACCGAGGAAUCUGAACGUACUCCUUCGCCACCCAUGAUAUCUAAUGCAAGCACUCCUCCUCCUCCAAAUAUUUCCGAUCAGAGUUCUUGCCACCCUGAACCAGUGGACAUGGAUAUCGAUGAAGAUAAUCAUAAAGAAGACACAGAAAUUAUUGUUCCACCAGUCCCUGGAGAUGAACUGUCGUAUGAAUUGAAUUCAUUUUAUGCUGAUCUUGCUCAGUUUGAAUCAAAACCAGCUGGUCAAAUUGAAACAAUGAUUGCAGUUCCAUCUCCUGAAAUAGUUGAAACUGCGCCAAAAUUAAAAACCCCUAUUGACACAUUAAAAAAUACUCAAGAAGAAGAAAAAGAAAUUAUCAAACCAAAAAAGAAGAAAAAGGUGGGAAAAUUGGAUGUGGGUCUAGGAUUGAAACAAAAAUAUGUAUCGUCACUGGUACAGAAAUGGCAACAAAUUCAAAAUGAAAUCAAAUGA